AUGCAGCCAGCACCGGUUACGCCUGGUUCUCCAGCACGGUCAUCCUGUUGCGAGAGGGAACGCGAGAGAGAAGUUCACGAGGAUCGUGAAAGGGAACGAACUAGUGCUGGAAGACAAAGUCGAGCGUCUCCUGAGGAAGAUCACGAGGAGAGGAGUAACGAGAGAACGGUGGUUUCCGGUCAGAGUAUUAGUGCUAUGACUGUCAGCGGAAGUCAAGGAUUACCCCUUUCGUUGUCCCUCGAAGACAGAGAUCUGUGGACCAAGUUCCAGUGUCUGACCAACGAGAUGAUCGUCACUAAAAAUGGAAGACGGAUGUUCCCCGUUGUCAAAGUGGUCGCGCGAGGCUUGGAGCCGAAAGCUAUGUACACUCUUCUUCUUGAAUUCGUCCAGGUGGAUCCGCAUAGGUGGAAAUACGUGAACGGCGAGUGGAUUCCAGGCGGGAAAGCAGAAGUCGCUCCACCGAAUCCAAUUUAUAUUCAUCCGGAGAGUCCGAAUUUUGGGUCCCACUGGAUGAAGGAAGCUGUGUCGUUUGCUAAAGUAAAGCUAACAAACAAAUCGAAUGGAAACGGACAGAUUAUGUUGAAUUCUCUACAUAAAUACGAGCCACGAGUUCAUCUGUUACGCGUGGACGCGGUCGAAGAAAGAACGGUGCUCACUUACCGUUAUCCAGAGACACAAUUCAUAGCGGUGACAGCCUACCAAAACGAAGAUGUCACAAAUUUGAAGAUUAAAUACAAUCCUUUCGCGAAGGCGUUCCUAGACGCUAAAGAAAGACCUGCCGAUCCGCAGAUUUAUCCACAAUACAGCGGCGCUUGGUUUUUGCCACAACCUACCAUGGGAUACGAAUACAACACAGCCACCGCCAUUGCAGCCGCGCAAAAUCAAGCGUCAGUGACAGUCAAUAAUCAUCUCUCGAAUUCUUGCAGCGUUUCUACAGCUGGCCACAGAAAUACAUGUAGAUCGGCACCUUACACACUGAGACACAAAUACAUUCAAGAUGAACAACGUGCGGAUCCGUACAGUUCAGUACAACUCUUGCAUUCCACAGCAUACGUAGCAGCACCUGGUUGGUCACCACGCAGUCCAGAAUCUUUGCAAAAUUUAAAUCCAGCAUGUCUGCCGCCCACACAAGAAUGGCCUACGUCUCCUUCACCAUCGCCAACCUCGUCUUCGCACGCUGUGUUCAGUAGAGGCGUUGUUGGAACAGCUUCACCAACCACCGCUACAGGUUGCACUUUAUAUGUACCAUCGAAUCUGUCCUCAGUCCCCCAGGAACACAGUCACUGCACAGACACCUCGGCUUGGAUCCACCCUACGUCUCUGUCAGAACAGCAACAGCAGCAACAACAAUCUUACUUAAAUUUAAAUUUGCAUUUACACCAUCAGAUGUCAUCCUAUACGUCAGUCCCACAUACAGGAUUGCAUCAUUCUUUGCAUCCAAAUGGCACGGAUGCAGUACCCCCUGUUGAUGAGUAUGUUCACGAGUAUCAUGCUUCUCCUGUUCAAUCGACAACACCCGAUCGUCAUCCACAGCAUCAUCAUUCUCAAAUGUUACACUUGCAACCGAUCCAACAAACUGGAACAGUAUCUCCUGUUAGUGUCGAAUAUGAUCCCCCUUCGAAGGAACAUCAUAUACCCGUUAGUUAUUCUGACCAAAAUGCUGAUACGUUGAACGAUGUACAGUCGGAUGAGAACAGAAGAUAUCUAACAACGGUUAUCGACAGACACCAUCGACAGGAUUCGGAUAUUGCAAGUAAUGAUCAUCAAGCUACCGCCUGGACACCGUUGACACCACCACCGGCACCACAAACAACGGCAAUUUGA